AGCCCGGGCUGUGUGCUUCCCGCCAAUUCUUGCGGUAAUCCUGCCCGGGUUGAGUCCCGUGCUCCAUGGCGACGUUUGACCCGGCCGAGCUGCCCGAGCUGCUUAAGCUUUAUUACCGGAGGCUUUUCCCCUACGCCCAGUACUACCGCUGGCUCAACUAUGGCGGAGUAAUAAAGAAUUACUUUCAACACCGUGAAUUUUCAUUCACAUUGAAAGAUGAUAUUUACAUUCGCUACCAAUCCUUCAGCAACCAGAGGGAUCUGGAAAAGGAGAUGCAGAAAAUGAACCCAUACAAGAUUGAUAUAGGCGCGGUAUAUUCCCACAGGCCCAAUCAACACAAUACAGUAAAGCUGGGAGCUUUCCAGGCUCAGGAAAAAGAACUGGUGUUUGACAUUGACAUGACAGACUAUGAUGAUGUGAGGAGAUGUUGUAGUUCUGCAGACAUAUGUUCUAAGUGCUGGACCCUCAUGACGAUGGCCAUACGCAUAAUCGACCGAGCACUGAAGGAGGACUUUGGAUUUAAGCAUCGUCUCUGGGUAUAUUCUGGAAGGAGAGGUGUUCAUUGUUGGGUCUGUGAUGAAUCAGUUAGAAAAUUGUCCUCUGCAGUACGUUCUGGGAUAGUUGAGUAUUUGAGUCUUGUAAAGGGUGGUCAGGACGUUAAAAAGAAAGUCCACCUAAGUGAAAAAAUUCACCCUUUUGUCAGCAAAUCUAUAAACAUAAUAAAAAAAUACUUUGAAGAAUAUGCCUUAGUUGAUCAAGAUAUUCUUGAAAAUAAAGAAACCUGGGAUAAAAUUUUAGCCCUUGUUCCUGAAACAAUUCAUGAGAAACUUCAACAAAACUUCCAGAAGCAUCACAAUUCACUUCAGCGUUGGGAGUGUUUGAAGAAAGCCAUCAGCUCUCAGGAUAUCAAAAAUGACAAAUGUGGGCACUGGCUUGAAUUGGAAAUCAUGCUUCAGUACUGUUUUCCACGGCUGGAUAUCAAUGUUAGCAAAGGAAUCAAUCAUUUAUUGAAGAGCCCUUUUAGUGUUCAUCCUAAAACAGGUCGAAUUUCUGUGCCUAUUGAUUUACAGAAAGUAGAUCAGUUUGAUCCAUUUACUGUUCCAACCAUAAGCUCUGUCUGCCAUGAAUUGGAUGCCGUUUCCACUAAUGAUGAGGAAAAGGAGGGAAAUGAAGCUGAAUCUGAUAUCAAACAUAGAACCAGAGAUUAUAAGAAGACUAGUCUAGCUCCUUAUAUAAAAGUUUUUGAACAGUUUCUUGAAAACCUGGAUAAAUCCCGAAAAGGAGAACUUCUCAAGAAGAGUGAUUUACAAAAAGACUUCUGAAGAUAACAACUCUCCUCAAACCAGUGUAGAUAUCUUCUAGCUUCAACCAAGAAUCAGAUAUUUCAAGAGCCAUUUGAUAAAUAUUGUAGAACCAUAGAUGUGUCUUAAUGCUCAAAGCAAAAUUUCCUUUUCUUGAAAAAUGAUUAUGUUGAAAAGAUUCCUGAGACUACCAAAGGAGAGUGUCCAGCUUUCUGGAAGGAAGAAUAAUGGGAGAAAUAAGUGGAUUGCAGAUACAUUUGUAAAAGUUAAUAUCAUACAAAGAUAAUGCGAAGAUUUUUUUUAUAUACCUUUUACCAGUUGCCAUAUGUAUUUUGAUAUACUUCUACCAGUUGCCACAUGUAGGGGCAAGUGAGCAGUAAUAUCCCAAAGACUCUAAUCUCGGCUCACUGGAUACAGCCUCCUAAUUAAUGAACUGAAUGAAUAUUCUAGGUGCAUGAGAGCUUUGUCCUUAAGUCUUAGACACUUAAUUAUACCUAGAAUGUGUAUUUCAUCACUUUUAAUGUUGCUUACUGAUAUUUUUGUUGGUCAGCCCACACCCCACUGCCCAUCUUUUAAAAAUCAUUUUAUACUGGGCAUCUAAACACACGGAAACUUCAAUUCAAAAAAUAUGUUACUGGAUUACAAUAGGAGAUAGUAGAGUGUUUUUUUACAACUGUUGCAUUUGUAGCUACCAACUUCCUUCCUCAGAAAACAAUUGGAUUAGGCUGCACCAUAAAGCAGCAGCUUAGAAUAACCAGUUUCACUGAUAAAAACUUGUUAUACUUGUCAAAACACUUCCCUUUCUACAUACCCAGAUACUUAAUUUUAAAGGUUUUUUUCUACCAUAUUUAAUUUUUUUUUUCUGAAAAUGUCAGAUUUCUUUUGCCUCGUUUUACAACCAAUCUAAACAAAACAGUCAUUCUGGUUUACAGUCCAUCUUUUGAGAAACACUGAGAAGUCAAGCUAUCAGGCUGGUGCAUUCUGUGAUUUAUGAAAAUUUUCCUUCCUUUGCAUUUCCUUUAACAUAGUUUUCUCUAUAGCCACACAGCCUUUUUUUUCUUAAUCUUUUGUGUUAUAUAUAUAAAAGACUUUACAGUGCAGUCAACAUAUUGCAAUGCCUUGCAUUUCCUUCUCGUUUCUAAUUUUUUUUAAGAAAAAACAUUAAAAAAAAAAGAAGAAGAAGAAGAAAAAAAAAAGAAAGGGCAGCCCAGGUGGCUCAGCGGGUUUGGCACCGCCUCCAGCCCGGGGCGUGAUCCCGGGGAGCCGGGAUCAAGUCCCGCAUCGGGCUCCCUGCAUGGAGCCUGCUUCUCCCUCUGCCUGUGUCUCUUCCUCUCUCUCUCUCUCUCUCUCUGUGUGUGUGUGUCUCUAUGAAUAAAUAAAUAAAAUGUUUAAAAAAAAAGAAAAAACAUUAAAGACCAUUGUGCAAAAUUCCUCAUUAUUUAAGCUUCUAAUUACUAUAUAUUGUUCAGUUUUUAGGUCUGGAAAAGUGGGUCAGUUAUAAUUCCUGAAUAAAAAAUUACUAAAGACUCAGUCCAUCUUAAGACUUCAGAACAAGCCUGGGUAGCUCAGUGGUUUAGCGCCGUAUUCAGCCCAGGUCAUGAUCCUGGAGACCCAUCGAGUCCCACUUUGGGCUCCCUGCAUGAAGUCUGCUUCUCCCUCUGCCUGUGUCUCUAUCUCUCUGUUUCUCAUGAAUAAACAAAAUCUUAAAAAAAAAAAAAAAAAAGACCUUUGGGCAGCCCCGGUGGCGCAGCGGUUUGGCGCCGCUUGCAGCCUGGGGUGUGAUCCUGGAGACCCGGGAUCGAGUCCCACAUCGGGCUCCCUGCAUGGAGCCUGCUUCUCCCUCUGCCUCUCUCUCUGUGUCUCUAUGAAUAAAUAAAUAAAAUCUUAAAAAAAAAAAAAGACUUCAGAACAAGAGUGUAAGAACUGGUAUUAUGCUUCAACAAGAUGUUUCAAGCUUCCAAAAUGUCUACCAUUUAAAGUCUUUUAAUGCUUUAAUAUUAAAGUUCUUGGAUAAAGCUGAACAUAUUGUACUCAUGUAAAAGAAUAAAUGUUUUUACACUGUAUGCUAACUGGAAUUUAAAUAAAAAUUAAAGGGGCGCCUGGGU